UGUGAAGGACGCGGACGUAUGCAGGAGAAGGUCCCUCUGACCUUCUCCCUCCCCUCCCCUCUCGUCAGGUCGGUGGACGGCGCCGACAUCUGCGUGGGUUUUCUGAAGGUGGGCCGGAAGCGUCUGUUCAUCCUGGACUCGUCCGGUGGCCAGAACGAGGUGAUGCCCGUCAGCGUUCUGGACUUUUACGUGCACGAGUCGCUGCAGAGGCACGGCUACGGACGACAGCUGUUCGACGCGAUGCUGCAGACGGAGCGAGUGGAGCCGGUACAUCUGGCCAUUGACCGGCCCUCGGAUAAGCUCACCUCGUUCCUGGCCAAACACUACGGACUGCGACAGCCCUGCCCGCAGAUGAACAACUUUGUCGUCUACCCGGGAUUCUUCUCAGACCGCGAAGGUGACGCCCUGUUCAGUAUCCGUGUGGCGCCUGUCUCCCCGGCCUGGUGGCCGGCGGCCGGCCGUCCCUCAGCCACCGACCCCACCGUGGAGCCCGUGUCGGCCUUUCACUCUCCCGGCCGUCACUCGUUCGGCCGCCGAGGCUGUCGUCGGCUGGUGACCUCCUGUGUCCCUCCGACUGACCGGCGACUGGCUGCGGCGGCCGCUCGGGGUCGGGGUGGAUUACACCAUCCUCCAUCCUCCCCCUCCCGUCCCAAUCCUCUCUCCUCACCCCUCUCCUCCUGGGGUUCUGGUCAUCCUGGUAUAGCCCAGCCGGUGAUACCACAGGUCCCUGGGGUAGAUACCACACCAGGGGAGGGGUCCUCACUGACUGAGACCGUAGCAGCUCCCCGGGUGGCGCGAAAUGUGGUGCAUCCUCUUCAGUGGCCGGUAAACGGGGAGAGGCCGGGUCUGGGUGCUGCGGAGGGUGCUAGGUCUGGGUCAAAUCUGAACCAGUCUCCGGUGGUUUCGGUCUCUCAGAGGGAUGGUGGGGUGGGAGGGGAUCAGCGUCAGAUAGAGCACACAUCAGGGGAUGUGCCUAUAGGAGGGACAAAACCGUCCGGAAAUGUUACCGAGAUGGUCGGUGAUCUGUCCGGAUCGAGAGAAGUUAGCUCAGCGGGGAGAUCUGCGAAAGCUACAUCGGUCAACUCAGGAGGGUUUCUCCCCGCAAUAUCCCCGCAGAAAUUCAACAACCCUCCCUCGGGUGGGCCAUUUCCCUCUCUACCUUCAUUAAAACAUGGUGUUCCCUCCCACCCGGAUGGAUCUUCCAUUGACCGCAGAUCAUCGACUGCAUCCCCUCAUCGUUCUAGUCCCGUCACCCACCUCGACAGCUGUCCCACUGGGAGGGGUUUCCCGCCUCCCCACCCGGCGGGCCGUCGAUCCUUCCCUUACCUGUCCUCCUGCCAGUCGCCGGCUCCACCAGUCCGCGGCCAGCCGGCCUGCGGGCCGCCCCUGCCUCAAUCUCGGGGCUCGCCCGUGCUGCCGAACUGUGGACCGCUGCCAGUGCCACCUACCGACGGUGGAGCGAACCAGACGCCCUAUCCUUACCCCUGCCUCCUCUCCAAGGAUGAGCUGUUCUAUCCCAAUAAGAGGCGAUCACCGAUGAAGAACGGGUAUGAAGUCACUUCGAUGGUCGGAGUCAACGGGUCGCCCUCGUUCAGUCGCCACAGCCACAGCUCGGCGGCGAGUCCGUGCCGGCCGGCCAGUCGUGAGGUCCGUAACCUGCACGAUCACCACCAGCUCUGGUAGCUGAGAGUCAGUGAUCGGACGGACGGAAGAUCGACGGGCGUCGGACGCGGCGGAGAUGAGGAACCGCCGUCGGACGUACGACGUUCAGUAAGAGCAACACGAACACAGUCGCGUGGGAGAGAUGUGGUAGGUUGUCCGCGUGUUCACAGGGCAGGGCAGGUAUCACUGUAUUUUAUAUUGCCUCAUGUAUAGACAUGCCCUGUGCUGCAGACGGGUGGUAGCUAAAACCGGCAGCUUUAUAUGGGAACAAGCACAUCAGUCGCUACCGCGAGGCCAGGUAGAGUGGUGUCUGCACGCCGUGCUCUGCCUGCCUCCCCCCCCCCUCCCCCCCCCCCCCUAAGACACCGCGUCAGGCACAAACAAUCCGUCCCAAUCGCUCCUCGCCCGCUGGCCGGAAAGCAGCUACUGAAGAUUCGUAAGCCGUGCGCCUCGUCAGGAAGACAGACUGAUGGAAACUGGAGAUUAUUAUAUAUCCGUCUACUUAAUGUUAUAAUGGCUGUUAGAGAGUUAACUUACUGGUCUAGUGUAGGCCGCUGCGAGCAAUUGGUCCGCUGGACGGAGCCGGGCCGAACCGGACCGGACCAGCGGUGGCGUAUUCCGCGCUCUGCCGGCCGCCCUGCCGGCCACCCACCAGUAUUAACCGCUGACGAGCGGCGCCGGAGCGGGCACCGUCACUGCCACCGCUGUCGCCUCCGCCGUCCACUGCUGUCCGUUGUGCAAUCGUCAUGUGCCUGUAUUAACCUCCCCGGCUCGGUACAGCCGUGCCGGGCGCUCACUGACACCAAAGACGGCGUGCGCUGCGCCGCGACUCGUCACUGACCCACGUGCAAUCUCUGUAACCCACUCACGCUAGUCCUCUGCUCCCCGCUGAGUUACUCAUUUACUUGUGUCCCGUUGUGUCGUGCUUUCUCUGAAUACUCACCCUAAUCAUGGUUUCGGGACGGGCUACGCACGUUUUGGCAGCUAACGUCUCAGAUUAACAUAUUUAUGUACUCACUCGUUUUAUAUUUUGCAAUGCAUAGAGGUGUAUGAGCCGUCGUGUAACUUGUCUUAGAUAAGUGCACUUAGCUGGUGGGUCCAGUGAAAUGGAAGCGUUUGCUGUCUUUAAAGUCAAUAAAUGGAAGUUUAAAGUUUAAA